AUGUCGACAUCACUUGAUUCAGCCUUGGAUCCAAUGGAGGAGAUACGUUUUAGAAAAAAACAUGGCUCUAUGUGGAUGGAAAUACAAAAAGAUACGCACUUCACUUUUGAUGAAUUAGAAAAAAUAAUGGUUAUAUUUUUCAAGAUACAAAAGCGCGACGAAAAGCCGGCUGCAUCCGAUUUAAUAUCUAGGUCACAUUUCAGAGAUGUGCUUCAUACUGGUUUAGGCAUGACGGAUUCAUACAUGAUGGAACGUGUGAUGGUAGCUCUCGACCGAGGCACGUCUCCUUACGUUACGAUGGCAACUUUUGCAAAGGCUAUAUCAUUGUAUUUACGUGGUGAUAUUGAAGAACGUAUCGCUUAUGCGUUUACAUGUUACGAUCUUCUCGGCGAAGGUCACUUAAGAAGAGAAACGAUGUAUCAGCUCAUGAAGAAGAGUCUUGCGAAAGCGUCUAGAGAUGAUGACGUCGAAGAGGCGGUCAAGGAACUCGUUGACAUUAUGUUGAAGCGUAUGGAUUUGGAUCACGAUGGAGUGAUUAAUUUUACUGAUUUUAGACAAUGCGUCCUGACCACUCCGUCGUUAAUAGAGAGUCUAGGCUACUGUUUACCAGAGAGACCAGCUGUGUAUGCAUUUUUGGGAACUUGGUGUCCAGAUUGGGGAAAAAUGUGA